AUGUCGGAAAGACAACGCGAACUUCACGAGCGGAUCGCGACCCUAUGCUCGGAGGGCAAGGGGAACAUGGUCAAGAAGGUGCCCUCAGACGACGUGCUGCCAGCUAAAACGUUGGUGGUCAACUGCACACAAGGAGGUGACGGCGGAACUGGAACUACUGUGGCAAUGGUGCUGUGUGUUCUACCCAUGGAAUGCCGACUGAGCUUUCGAAAGUUGAGGCGCGCCCUUCGCAGCCAGGGUGAAGGCAGUUGUCAUGCAAAGCCAUUGGGCUUGGCAUCUCCGGAAGAGGCGGAGGAAUCCACCGGCUGCCAAAUGGGUAUGGUUCCACCGGUAUGUAUCGAACCAAAGCUGCCAGUGUUUGUGGAUAUGCAGCUGUUCGAAGUUGGUUGUCCGAGCAAUUUGGUGGUGGGCGCAGCACAUCCAAGCUUGCAUUUGACCAUAUCUUCCCGUGUUUUGCUGAGCGAAGCCGAGGCUGCCAUCGCUGACCUUUCGUCAAUACCUGGUGCUGAUGACUCUGACGAGCCAGCUCCAGCCAACAAGCCGGCACCGGUUCUAUUCCCCUUGCGGGCUGGAGGUGGAACCGUGGUUCAUGCCGUUGUGUUGAUUGCGGCUGUGCGGCGCUUGUCUCGUCAGCUCUUGUUUGCGGAUUUAUUACCACCGGGUUCGGACCGAGAUUCUGACCGAAGUAUAUGGCUAUCUCCUGAUGGUUCCGGCAGACCCAUGCGUUUGCAGCUCCUUGUCGGCCGCUCGUUGGCUGAGCGCGUCGGACAAAGCGGCGCGGCGUCUGUGAUCAAGAGGCUGCGAGCACAGCAGUUAAUCUAUGUCGCUGGGCGCCUGCAACUGGAGGAGCUUGGCGAGCAGUAUGGCAGAGCGACUCCAUCGGCACCGGAGGAGGUUCGAAAGAAGAGGGAGGCACAGUUCGACAACGGAAUUGUGGAUAUGGUUGCCGAGCAGAUCCGUAUUCUCGAGGAGGUCCACGUCCCCUCGCAGCAAGAAGUGGGAUCUGCGCGGAAGGUGGGAGCAAAGAAAAACGAGGCGCCACCAGCACCAGAUGAGCCCACCCUUGCCCUGGCCAUCCCUAAUGCCGUGCACCUGGUGUCGGACCGGGCCGGUCUCAAGAAACUGGAAAAUGUACUUCGGGAGAGGCUUUCUGGCUCUGCAGACCUGCCAGAGUCAGACUCUGACCAACCCAGUGCUGCGACGGUUACACCGCUCCUACCCAUCGUUGGAAUCGAUGCAGAGUGGCGCCCGAAAUCUCCGACUGGCAUCGCACUUCUUCAGCUGUCUUUUCGACGGAGUGUGUUCCUCCUGGACAUGGUGCUUAUGCAAGAUGACGAGGAGUUGUGGACAAGCCUGGCCAGGAUUCUUCGAACAGCUCUGGGAGCUGAGCAUCUCUACAAGGUUGGCUUCGGAUUGGAUGUGGAUCUGCAGCGGCUGGCGUCGACGCUGCCCACAGCGAUGCCCGAGGAUGUCCGAAACAUCAUCGAUCUCAGGGACUUGGCGCGUGAGGCGCUACCCGACCUGCCUCCUGCGCUCGGGCUGUCGAGCCUCACACGCACCGUCUUUGGCCGGGGCUUGGACAAGACCUGGCAGGUCUCCGAUUGGCAAGCACGCCCCUUGGAGCCAGAGCAACUCGAGUACGCUGCUCAGGAUGCCCACGUGUGCGUGCGACUCUUCGAUUCGCUGUGCUACAACCAUGCCACACUCGCAACGCAGCAGCUGCCUUUGGUCUUAGGCGAAGUUGCGCGGACAUGGCGGCGAGAAUGA